AUGCAGUGGAGUCUGUUUGUGCUGAUUCUGAUGGGUCAGUGUUCCUUCUUUGUGUGCCAGCUCUAUGACUACUACUUCAUUGGAGAGAAAAAGACCUGGGAUGAUGCCCAGAAGUAUUGCAGGAACCAUUUCACUGACCUGGCCACAGUGUCUAGCAUGACAGACACGAAGACACUCAAAGAUGCAAAUAAUCAAGAUGGAGCCUGGAUUGGGCUGUAUAGCAUGUACAAAAAAAACAAAAACAAUGUGUGGCGCUGGUCUCUGCCAGGGGUGGAGUUCACAAACAACUCAUGGGCUCCAGGAGAGCCAAAUGAUGCUGGCAACGAUCCUGAGAACUGUGUGGUGAUAAAGACGGAUGAUGAGACCUUCAAGUGGAUUGACGUGCAUUGUAGUAAUACAAAAUAUAAGUUUGUCUGCUACAAUGAUACGAAGAACUCCAGCGAAACAUUUAAUUUAAUUCAAAAUCAGAUGACCUGGCUAAAGGCUCAGAACUACUGCAGAGAACAACACACCGACCUGGUCAGUGGACUCACACAGCUAGAAGACAAAGAUUUCAAGAAACUCAUCAAGAAUGAGUCUAAAUGCUUGUGGAUCGGCCUGUUCAGAGAUGUCUGGAAGUGGUCUGAUGGGAGCAGUUUCUCUUUCAGCUACUGGGAUCCAGAUAAAGUGAUCCUGAUCAAUCAGAGCAAGAACUGGGAGGACGCCUUAUAUUACUGCAGAGAUCAUCAUGGUGACCUGGUCUCCAUCACCAACCUGGGCGAGCAGAAAUGGGUCCAAGAGAGAGCCAAGAAGGCCAACAGUCCCUACGUGUGGCUGGGACUGCGCUACACCUGCACUCUAGAUUUCUGGUUCUGGGUCAGUGACGAGGUGGUCAACUACAAGAACUGGGACUCACAUGAGACGGAUGACUGUGACAUGUCUGGAGCCAUGGACAAAGGAGGACAACAUAAGUGGUUCAAAAAGAAUGACAUGGAGGAGUUUAAUUUCAUCUGUUCCAAGUAA